AUGGAACUGCUUGAUAAUGGUAAUAAUAGUUUAAACGAGAUGAUUAACCAUAACAAAGCUUAUGAAGAUGUUCAAGAAAAUAUUUUGUCUCAUAAGGAAGCAGUAACAUCAAGAUUUAGGUAG